AUGUCCGCACCAGGAGAACAAUUCGAGCCACGCCAAACCGCAACCUCAGAGGACUACACCCCAGACCCAAGUAAAUCAAUUAAACUCCCACCCAACAGACAAGCUCUCGUCGACGACAUCAUAGCUCUCUACUCCUGCGAGCCAACCAUCAAACGCGUCGAACGCUACACACCCGACUGCGUCUACGAUGACCAAUUUGUCUACGCCAACGACCGCUACAAGAUGGCAGGCCAAUGGUUCGCCCUGCCCAAACUCUUCAAAGCGAGCAAGAACGAACGCUACGAAAUCAUCAAGAACGACUCCGAAUUGAUUCAGUUCAAGAACGAGCAGAGCUGGACCUUCAAGAUCAUCCCCAAGACGGCGACGAUCAACGCCUUGGUUUCUUUGGCGUUGGAGCCGGAGACGAAGGAUAGUGACUUCAUUCGCGUCAAAUAUCAUAAGGAUCAGGCGAACGAUAAGGAUUAUUCGCAUGAGGGGGUUGGGUUCUCGUUCAAGAAGUGGCAGGCGGAUCAGGUGGCGAAGAAUAUGAGUUCGAAGGAGGUGGAGUAUUUUGAGAAGGAUAAGAAUGCAGCGAAGGAGCCGGUGAGGAAGUAUGGGACUGGUGAUGAGAAGGGGGAUGCGCCGAAGAAGGAUUUCUCGACGUGA